AUGGUCACUCCAAGUGGGGGACAGCGUCAUGUAACUAGUCAACUACUGGAUCUGGGGGUGUACCAGCAAGCUGUGGCACCUCUUCCAGACACCACAAAUAUCUACAGGCCAUCUACCGAUGAUUCACCGCUGUGUCGCUUUAAAUGUCUUCGAAAGAUGCAUCUACAACUAAACGACGGCUGUGAUCGUGCUUACGGUGCCCUGAAAAUCUGGCCUGGUCGAUUUUUAUCGGGUUUUCCGGUGUUCCACUCAGACAGGCUUUCCGACAGCGGUAACCGAAUCAACCAAUCAGUGUUUGUGGGGGUCGGCCAAUAA